AUGGCGCAAUCAGCAUCAACGCCGUCCACUGGCGAACAAUGGCUCAGGCAAAUUUUAUCCAACCAACAUGAAUUGAUGACCAGAUUAUCGCAACAGUUGAACAGCAUUCAGGUGGCUGUUCAGUACUCGACGAGGAACGAGCUGGUACUCGAUUCACUUGCGAGUAACAUCACCGAGUUCAUUUACGAUCUGGAACAAGGAAGUUCUUUCGAUGCUUGGUUCUCCCGAUAUGCGGAUUUGUUUGAGAAGGAUGCGGCGAAAUUAGACGACAGCGCCAAGAAAUCAUCAACAUUCAACACCAAGAAGCAGCAGCAUUCAAGUAAGAGUGUUUUCGUCGGUAACGUAAAGCAAAGUCGGCGGUACACAAAGGUAAACAUCAACGGAGUUCCAAUAAAUUCGCAGCUAGAUUCGGGAUCAGAUAUAACCAUUAUCUCUCGUGAAAACUGGAAAAAAGUGGGAUGUCUAGCAACAAAUCCGACAGACUGCGUAGCUAAAACGGCUUCCGGUGGCAAGCUGAACAUUUCGGAUAUGUUUCCGGCUACUGUCAGCAUCGGUGGCAUAGUUAAAACGUGCAAAAUUUACAUGUGUGGUACUAACCUCAACCUUAACGUGUUGGGUUCCGAUGCAAUGGAUAAAUUCGGUCUGUGGGAUGUACCAUUAUCAUCAAUUUGUAGUUUGGUACAUAGUAGUGAUUUCGAUGAUGAUGUUGCCGAUUUGAAGGCUCGUUUUCCAAAUGUUUUUAGUAACACUAUGGGCCUCUGUAAGAAAACGCAGGUGCAUCUUACACUCAAACCAGAUACACAGCCUGUGUUCAAGCCGAAGCGCCCAGUGGCCUAUAGUGUAGAAGCGUUAGUGGAAGAGAAACUUCGCAGACUUGAAGGCUUGGGUAUAAUCACACCGAUUACGUAUGCCGAUUGGGCGGCUCCAAUCGUCGUGGUUCGAAGACCGAAUCGCUCAGUGCGAAUCUGUGCAGACUUUUCAACGGGUCUCAAUAAUGCUUUGAAGCCAAAUAGUCAUCCACUACCACUUCCUGAAGACAUUUUCGCACGCAUGGCAAAUUGCACAAUCUUUGGGCAUAUCGAUCUGUCCGAUGCAUACCUUCAGGUAGAGGUAGACGAUGAAAGCCGAAAAUUGCUUGUCAUCAAUACACACAAAGGACUCUACCGUUUCAAUCGUCUUUCACCCGGCAUUCGUACAGCGCCGGGCGAAUUUCAACAAAUCAUGGAUGCCAUGCUCAGUGGAAUUGAAUACGCCUGUCCGUAUCUUGAUGAUAUCCUAGUGGGAGGCCGAACGAGAGCAGAACUGAAACAUAAUUUGCAGCAAGUAUUAGGACGUCUGCAAGAGUACGGAUUUACCGUUAGAAUUGAAAAGUGUAGUUUUUUCAUGAGUCAGGUGAAAUAUCUGGGUCAAUUAAUGGAUCGUGAGGGUAUUCGUCCGGAUCCAGAGAAAAUCGCCGCCAUCAUCAGCAUGCCUGCACCACACGAUGUCCCUACGCUUAGGUCCUAUUUAGGAGCUGUGAAUUAUUACGGGAAAUACAUAAGGGAAAUGAGGAAUCUUCGGCAACCUUUGGAUGAACUACUAAAAAGGGAGGUUCUACAGAGUUCAUUGUUAUUGACGCACUACAAUCCACGACUGGAUAUGGUCGUUUCAGCUGAUGCGUCCAAUGUGGGCAUUGGUGCCCGCAUAGCACAUCGUUUCCCGGACGGUUCGAAGAAGGCUAUAUACCAUGCAUCCAGAAGCAUCACUCCGGCUGAAUCGAAAUAUAGCCAAAUUGAAAAAGAGGCAUUGGCACUUAUAUUUGCUGUGACCAAGUUCCAUAGGAUGGUUUAUGGUCGUCACUUCGUUUUACAAACAGAUCACAAACCGUUAUUAGCUAUAUUUGGAUCGAAACAAGGUAUUCCUGCUUACACUGCCAACCGUUUACAGAGGUGGGCGCUAGCUAUGCUAUUAUACGAUUUCAGCAUCGAGUAUAUAGCCACGGAUCAUGUCGGACACGCCGAUAUCUUAUCUCGUCUGAUUAAUUCGCAUAUUAAACCCGACGAAGAGUAUGUUAUCGCGUCAAUAGAGCUUGAGUCAAUCAUCUGUAGCAUUGUUAGCGAGUCCGUCGGUUUCUUGCCUGUCACUUAUAGAAUGAUAGCCGAAGAGACCGCGAAGGAUGAUACUCUGCAGAAAGUGAAAACUUACAUAAAAAAUGGUUGGCCCCAAAGCAAGAGAGAAAUCGUAGGCAGUCCCGAGAUUCAGCAGUUUUUUUCUCGGCGAGAUGCGCUUAGUUUAGCUCAGAAGUGUUUAUUGUAUGCAGAGAGGAUUGUGAUACCAAAAAAAUUGCAGAAACGUGUACUUGAACAACUUUAUAAAGGUCAUCCAGGCGUCGAACGUACCCGUUCGUUGGCAUGCAAUUUUGUUUAUUGGCCAAACAUCGACUACCAUAUUAAUGAGAUGGUACGUGGUUGUAAUGAGUGCGCCAUGGUAGCAAAGUCAGAUACAAAAACAUCCCUCGAGUCGUGGCCAAUUCCAGAGAAAUCGUGGCAAAGGGUACAUAUAGACUAUGCAGGCCCUGUGAACGAUAUGUAUUUCUUGGUUCUGGUGGAUGCACUAUCAAAAUGGCCAGAGGUAGUGGCAACUAAGCGGAUUACCACGUCAGCAACUUUGGCUAUACUUAGAAGUAUUUUCGCCAGGUUUGGUAUGCCGGAAGUUAUGGUAUCGGAUAACGGUACACAGUUUACCAGCGAUAAGUUCGAACGGUUUUGUGAAGUAAACGGUAUCAUACAUCUCAAGACAGCACCCUAUCAUCCGCAAAGCAAUGGACAGGCGGAGAGAUUCGUCGACACAUUUAAACGCGCAGUGAAAAAAAUCCAGGCAGGAGGGGAAGAAUUGCAGGAAGCCAUUGAUACGUUUCUUCUCUGUUACCGUUCUACUCCUUGCCGUAGUGCUCCAGAUUCUAAAUCUCCCGGUGAAGUAAUUUUGAGUGGACGGCUUCGCACUUCACUUGAACUUAUCCGGCCACCAAGCAGUUCCAGCAAAUGCCCGGACUCCAUUCAAGAUCAGCAGUAUAAUCGAAAACACGGAGCAAAACCAAAAAGCUUUGAUGUGAAAGACAAGGUGUUCGCCAAAGUGUAUCAAGGUACAAAUUGGAGCUGGGUAGCAGGUGAAAUAGUAGAACGAAUUGGUGCCGUCAUCUAUAACGUAUGGAUUCCUGAACGUCAGCAGCUUUUAAGAUCACACAGCAACCAGUUACGAAAACGACAUGGGGACAGCGUAAGCAAUGACACCGUGUCUGAUACUUCGGUACCCUUAGAUCUUUUGUUAAAUGCCUGUGGUAUAAAUUCACCCGAAGAUCAAGUGGAACUCACUUUGGAGGACGUGCCAUUGAACGAGAUACAACGUGAGCUACUACAAGAAGUGUUUGCUAAUGGAGCCGAUGUCCCUACCGCAAUAAACAGAGAGGUUCCUGAGGAGCGACGUUCAACAAGAACCCGGAAGCUUCCCGGGCGUUAUAGACCGUAUCACCUAUACUAA